CAACAUUUAGGGGUCCAGGGAAUUCUAUCAAACAACAUACAAACGAGUCGCUAGCUUAAUAAACACCCCUACGAGGGACGUUUGGUUAUCAUGGAUGACUUCAAUCCAAAUAUUCGAACCUCCGCCCUGGAGAAACUGGCGACAUUAGCCGUCAGCACACCGGAGUACGACGAGGAGUCCGAUAUUGCUCAACUCACCCAGCAGUGCCAGCAUCUGACAAAGCAUUCAGAUGGGCUCCUUAAUGGUAUCUUAGAAAGCCAGUCCCCGGUGUCUCGGGUUCCUAUGGAUAUCCGAGAGCUAGGUGUCCUAGUCGCUUUGUGCAAGGCUGCUCCCUCGGUGACCAAGGCAGAGCAUGCCUCACGACUGGUUUCACAGCUGUCUCAAUAUCUUCCGGAGUCGCAUGGCCAGCUUUUUCGCCAUUCGCCGUUCCUACACGAGAUAAAGCCCUCCCCAUGGGAAAUCCUCUCAUAUAGCCUCACCCACGCUCUCCUCUACCUCGCAUCCGAGUAUCCAUCAUUACGCGAGGCCGCCGUCAGUGCUGUGGAUGAGUAUCUUUACAAUUGUGCGGAAGCCAUCAACGUUCUCGGGCCAGCUCAACGUGCCGACAGUGGGGAGAAUGUAUACAGUACGGCACGUGAAUCGGUCAACAUUUUGUCUAUUAGCGUCUCGAUUGUUGGCUUCUUGGAGGCGGCCGCCAAGUUCACUUCCUUUUGGACUGCCAAGGAAAAGCUGCGCAUGGUCGAGCAUAUGCGCUUAAUGUUCUCUGAGAGUUUCAUGGUCGCUAUCGAAACAGCUUCAUCAACGGUACGCAAUGCCAAUAUCCCAGACAGCAUGCUCCGAGAUUGGAGGAGAUAUGCUCGCCGUUAUACGACAGAUGGUCGUCCACUAGGGGCGAUGCUUCUACAGGAAGGGUACAUGCGAUUUAUCAAGUCAUGUGCCACGUCUCUUACUGGGGCGCAAAACAUGUCGGAUGAGAAGCUUCUAGAUGACUACAUGGACGGUAUAGGUAUUGCCAGGAGCCACGAUGAUGCUGAGGUCUCCUUGAUUAGCCGCUUAACGGGGAUUAUUACCGACGAGAUUCAGCUUCUAGAGGAUGGUUCGGAUUACUUGCAGGUUGGCUCACCGUGGCAACAGCGCCUCGCCUUUUCUGUCAAGGCUCUGGCUUUGGUAGGGUAUCUUAACUGUUUGAUUCUAAAUGAGGAUACGGCGAACAGUGAUGAUCUUCUUUCGUGGCUGGAGGACACGCUUAUAGAUCCGAGCCAGAUGGCAUGUGGCGAGCUUGCAACGAUCACUUUGAAAUGCGUCGCCAUAAUCUCCAGGAUGUCCGUCAAUAGUGCAUCCUCCGGAAGCCGCUCACUUAUGCGGUUUAUUGUGGAGGGCGGUAUACCUGCAGGGCAUACAGGCUUGGUUGCAGCACGAUGCCUUUCCCAAGUUCUUGGUGUUCUGUCUCAGGAUUCCGUAAUUACGACCCUGUAUUCCUUGGGAAAUGUCCUGAGCCCUGGCUCGGGUACCGAGAAACAAUAUCAAGGUCAGCCUGUUGGUGAGCCUACCGGGCUUGCCCCCAGCCCCUUCCAACAAGCGAAAAACGGCAGUAUAGCCUCCCUUUCUGCCAGCGACAUGGAAGAUAAUAUGCCAUACAGAAGCAUUAUUCACGCUAUUGUAACGAUUGCCGCCAGCUGUCAUGAUGAGAAGAUAAGUGCUUUGGCCCAAUCGAUGCUUAUACAAAAGAUAGGAAAAUUGAAUGCUCUGGUCGAUGCCUGCAUUAUCAAGGAAACGGCCGCACUUGGCCCCACCACUGGACAGGCUGAGUUCCAACUCCUGCUUAAGUUUUAUGAUCGAGUCUACCGAGAUGGUGUCGCAAAAGGAUAUGAGAAUACUGUGAAUGCUGUGCUGAGCGCCAUGACAUACCUUUCCGUGACUUUGGAAAGAGACUCCCCUCUAUACAGAUUAUACCUCGUCCAUUUGCUAGAAAGCAUUGUCAAUAAAGGUGAUGCCACAGAUCUGGAAUAUGAGCGACAAAAGGAGAUAGUUCUCGCACCAGAUGAUAUUAGUCCGCUCCUUAAACCGCUAGCGUUGCUGGUUUCUCCUGGUGAAAGUAAUGGGGCACUGUCUAGAAAUGAAAUUUCCCACUAUGACCAAGAUAUUUCAAUUCUAUUCCGGGAUGCCUGGUUCAAUAUUGCCAUCCACGGGAUAUCGAUCGGUUCUACUGUUGGCCGAAGCUUCUUCGAAGAAUUACGGUUGCUCGCGAAAUACUCUCCUUCCCUCGUAUCCGAGGAUCGCAUGGAUAUGAUUGAGAGUGAUCUGGAGCUCAACACUAUUCUCAGGCGCGGCAUGGGCCCACAACGCCUUGUAGAGCAAAAGAAGGCAUUGGUUACUGAAAUUCCUCAUCGGGAGUCUGAGAUCAAGCGCUUGAGCUACCCGAAAGCAGUAUUCCUUAAUGCAGCUCUGCUUGUUGAGAGUCUUCGUGCACUGUCGGGCAACUGUACUAAAACGCUUAGUUACUUCCGUGACCCGGCUUUGGCUACUUCUGAGAUGGCCAGUUGCAUGACUGCCGUCGCCGAUAAGGUUGUCACUUGUUACCUUACCUUGACUCUUUCUGGAAAGCAUGAGAAUUUCUCUGUUCCCUUCUUAUCGAAAGAAUUGGCUGGUUUCUUCACGGCUUGCUGCCACCGUAUUGAAAGGGUGCAAAAGGUCGCCAUUAUUUGCGCAAACAAGAUCAUAAAAGAAUGUCCAUCAGCUCUAUGUGAAAAACAUUCGCUUUUUGCUCUACUUGAACUCUUGACUGUCAUGUGGCGAUCCUGCCUUGAAGAAGAGCUCGAUGAAUUUGAAUGGAAGCCUUCCUUUACCUCACCUACAGGUAUCGUUAAGGUUGAUUUACCGGAUAGCUAUAGCUUUAGAAAGAGGACACUGGAUGUGUUUCUCGAGCGCGCAAGAUCAUGGGUAACCACGGUUAUGGACAUCGCACCUCUUGAUGUGAAGGGUCUUCUCCAGACUUACCUGUCCGCUGCGGAUGAAAAUGACGGUCAUGGCGGUAUUUCAAUGGGCCGCUCAUUCGCACUUGAAAUGGGGUCCGUUAUACCACAAAGUGACCACCGGCUAGGCUCUGUUGACAGCUAUGGGGGUUCUAAAAUUAAUAUCGCGUCUGAUUUUAUUGCUCAACAUACUGCACGUCAAACAUAUCGCCGCCCAGAUGGGGUUGGCGUAAAUGGGAGUGAGUGGGAUUUCUUUGGCAGUGAUGACUCCAAAUCCCCAGCAGCCUCCCUCUCUUUAUCUGGGUCGAUCAAAAGUAUAGAAAGCGUCCUAUCAUUAGUUCACGAUAAGAUCAGAUCAGGAACCCAAGUUUCUCUUGUUGAGUUACGAGAUGUCCUGCGUCAGGCCGCUGCUAUUCUGUGCAGUGGCAGUGGCCCUCAUGCUGCUAUUGCGCAAGACUUGGUUUCGUUGCCUUUCCGCGUAUUCACCAAGGAGUCGAUUAGUGUUGGAGUCUCGCUUUGGCUAGGAGUAAUGCACGAGAAUCCCGAGUUAGAGCCCAAAAUUCUAGUUGAAGUAAUUGGAUCUUGGGAGAAUUCGAUCUUGCGGAAGCAGGGUCUCUUUGAUCCUUCAUUCGAUUACAUUGAUCCAAUGUAUGCCAAGAUCGAGCUUUUGCCAACUGACAAAGCGUUAAUGCUUCAACAACAAAAGCACGCUCAGAAUAUUCUUGCACCGCAUCUCCAUAUUAUCCAGUUCUUUGAAAGCCAUUUCAACGCUGUUCGGCUGGCAAAUUCCCAGACUCAACGGCUAUUCUGUCGUUUCCUAGAUCGGACAGCCGUGGGCCUUUUGCAAGCAAGUAACCAUCCUCUAGCGCGAGAGUUACAUUUCCGUAUUAUCCUUUUCUGUCUCAACGUGAUGAAGCACUGCACAUCGUUUGAUAAUGUCACUUUGUGGAAGCUGAAGCAUCAAAUCUUGUCCGCUGCGCUUAGCUGGUUCAAAAGCCCUCCAAGAUGGACUUUUGGUGGUAACAGAUUACAACUCAAGGCCGAGGAUAAGAUACUCAGCAACGUAGUGGCUGCACUCGCAAAUGUAGCUAACAUCGGCAGCAAUACCAGGUGGCCCUACACCUCGUUACAGGCGAAAGAAGACCUUCUCCAAGUGCUUUUAGAGAACGAGAGAUCACGCCUCAAGGUCUGGCUGUAUCCGCUAGAAUCGGAUCGCAAGCAAUACGUGUCCCCCCUCGGCAAAAAUUUAGCAGAGGAAAAUAUGCUGCGGAUUUCCUGGGCUGAGAACCCAGGAUUGGCGAUUCAACUUGCCUCCCGGUUUCCGUCGCCAAAAAUGACCAACGACAUUCGAAAGCUCCUGCUGAGUUUCCCAGAGAAGGUCAUUGACGAGCCUAGCAGCCUUGAAAUUAUGUUUGGCUCUGCGCUACCGGCUGAUGUUUCAUCACAGCUAAAGUACUUGCUAUACUGGGCAGCUGUGAAUCCAACUGAGGCUCUAACAUAUUUCCUACCGGCAUAUGGCAACCAUCCGUUUAUUUUACAGUACGCCAUGAAAGCACUGGAGAGUCAUUCCAUGGAAGUUCGGUUUUAUUUCGUCCCGCAGUUGGUGCAAGCUCUUCGAUAUGAUGCCUUGGGUUAUGUGGACCGAUACAUAAUGGAAACGGCUAAGCAGUCCCAAUUGUUCGCACAUCAGGUGAUCUGGAAUAUGAAAGCCAACUCAUACAAGGACGAAGAUUCUCAAAUUCCGGACGCUCUCAAGCCAACUUUGGAUGGUUUCAUGGAUACCUUAAUUGCGAGCUUCACCGAAGAAGAGCGGGAUUUCUACCAGAGGGAAUUCUCGUUCUUCAACGAAAUCACUGAUAUUUCGGGCAAGCUUCGGCCGUACAUUAAGAAGAGCAAGCCGGAAAAGAAGGAGAAGAUCGAAGAAGAGCUUCGCAAGAUCAAGGUUGAGGUCGGCGUCUACCUUCCGAGUAAUCCCGAUGGGGUUGUAGUUGGAAUUGACCGUAAAUCUGGCAAACCGCUCCAGAGUCACGCAAAGGCGCCGUAUAUGGCGACGUUCAGGAUUCAGAAAACAAGGACUCAGUGGGGCGAAGAGGCUGCCAAACAGAACGAGUUGGUCAAAUCGGCCCACGAUCAUUCCAAGGGCCACCUCGAGACGUACGAGGUCUGGCAGUCAGCCAUUUUCAAGGUCGGAGAUGACUGUCGGCAGGAUAUGCUUGCCCUCCAGAUGAUUGCGGCGUUCCGGAGUAUUUUCUCCAGUGUUGGACUUGAUGUGUGGGUUAACCCCUACCGGGUCACUUCCACCGCCCCGGGAUGUGGCGUCAUUGAUGUGCUGCCGAAUUCGAUUUCCCGCGAUAUGCUCGGCCGUGAAGCGGUCAAUGGACUGUACGAUUAUUUCGUCUCCAAGUAUGGGGGAGAGGAAUCAAUUCAGUUCCAGGAAGCUCGAACCAACUUUGUCAAGAGUAUGGCUGCUUACUCCGUCAUCUCGUAUCUCUUGCAGUUCAAGGACCGACACAAUGGUAACAUCAUGUUCGAUGAUGCGGGCCAUAUUAUUCACAUUGACUUUGGGUUCUGCUUUGAUAUCGCGCCUGGUGGCGUUCGUUUUGAGCGGGCUCCCUUUAAGCUCACAUCGGAGAUGGUAGCCGUGAUGAGUGGUACUACCCAUCAUCACUCCCACACCGGCAGCCAUGGCGGCUCGGGGGGGUUGUUGUUACCUGGCGGUUCUCAUAACCCUACAAACACACAAGCCUACCGCUGGUUCGAGUCUUUAGUUGUGAAGGCGUUCCUGGCAUCACGGCCGUAUAGUGCCAAGCUGUCACACAUUGUCUCGCUGAUGCUCGACAGCGGACUGCCGUGCUUCAAGCCGGAGACGCUUAAAAACUUCCAUGAUCGAUUUGCCAUGGACAAGAAUGAGAGAGACGCUGCGGAGCAUAUGCGGGAGCUAGUGCGCAAGUCUUAUUUGAGCUUCUCGACGAAGGGAUACGAUCAAUUCCAGCUGCUGACCAACGGCAUCCCAUACUAAACACAAGGUCAUUUAGUUUUCUUGUCAAUUAUUUUUUUUUUUUUUCUCAUCCAUUCAUCGUUUUUUUUUAAACCUUGGACCUAUUAUAUAUUAUUAUACCAAGGAUUCUUUUCUUGUAAUGAUUCUCAUGUUUGGCUUUUACCCUUAAUCAAUCUAUAAGAGUUGUAUAAACUUCAACAUCCUAGAAUAGAAUAGAUUCCCACUUCAGAAAAUGAAGAAAC